AAAAGAACACAUACGGAAAUGAAUAUUCGAGUACCGACCCAGUUAGGGCUUUAAGGGAGGAAAAGAAGAGGCGGGUAAAGGACAUUCUUGAAGUAACAACAAACUAUCACACAUGUCUUGGGACCAAAGAAAAAAUGUCAAAAUUCGCCAAGAGGUGUAUAUAAACAUGGAGAGGUUUCUCCCAUCAGAACUUAGUUUGGAGAUACUUUCUCGCUUACCCAUUGAUGAAGUCAUACAAUGCAGAGAAGUUUGCACUGGGUGGAGAGACCUAAUUGGUCCUCCUUCCGAUCCUCAUCUGCAUUUGCAACGAGUAUCACAGUCUGAUGGUAAUAGUUUCUCAAGUCUUUCUUCUCAUACUGCUGCUAAUGAUCCCGUUGGCUUACUUUUUAGUUUAAAGUUUCCGCUGCAAAACGGAAACCAAAUUUACUACGGAGAGUAUCAGAACCAGCAUAGUUAUAAACUUAAAAGGGUCAACCAGCCUCCCACUAUUAGUAAAUUAGUUGUUGGGUCAUGUAACGGCUUGAUUUGCUUUUCUGAAACCAAUCAUUUUGGUGUCCAUGAACCCAGCUGUAUUUGCAACCCUGUCACCAGUGAGUACGUCAAUCUUCCAAGGCUGAAUGUUAAAUGCGACGACAAGGUUGAGGCUAUGGUGUGUGGUUUUGGUUAUCAUCCUUCUACUAAUAAGUACAAAAUUGUAGAAAUAUGCUAUAUCCAGAACCAACCUUUAGGGCAUGUCAAGGUAUAUAUUCUAGGGAGUGGCAGUGGUUGGAGAGACAUAGGAGAAACCGCUUACUCAUUGAGACCUUCCCGGGGUAUAUCUAGUAGUCGAUCCCCAUUUGGUACGUUGGCGAACGGAGCACUUCAUUGGCUUAACGAUGAAGACAAGAUUGUGUCCUUUGAUUUGGAUACCGAGAACCUAUACUUGCUCCCAUCACCAUUUUCUGACCCUGCUGUAAGUAGGCAGAACCGUUCCAAACUUAAGGUAUUGGGAGGAUGCUUGUGUUUUGUUUAUGCAAUCGAAAGAUUAGACAUAUGGUUCUUAAGGAAGAAAGGGGUAAGCGUUAGUUUUGGCGUGAACGAGCAGGACGAUUUUGACAAGUUGAACUGGAUUAAGGAGUUCAGCAUACCAUUUAGACGUGGAGUAGAGCUCUGCGCCCUUAAUAAUGAUGGUGAAAUUCUACUGGUCGGCUACGCUGUUGGCUAUGCUGUUCUCAUCUCUUAUAAUCCACAAACUGGAUCCAUGGUAAAGCUUACAGGUAACGAAUUUCGUAAUGUAUUUCGUAAUGUAACUCCUCACGUGAACACUUUUGUAUCGCUGAAAGCUCUUGGAGAAAAAUGUAGAUUCAGAAAAAGAUAUGAUGUUAAUCCAGCACCUAAUGAAAUCCGCAUAGAACCACAGCCAAAGGGAUUGAAGGGCGGAUAGUGGAACUCAUGAUUCGCACCACAUUUUUUAUUUUCCAGUUUUAAGUUUAGAUUCCAGUA